UUUUCUUUUCUUUUUUUUUUUUUGAAAAGGAGACAGAGGCCAAUGUCUUAGACUGGCCCCUAUCCGAUAAAUAAUGAAAACCCUCACUUGUGGCGGAGGAAAACCGUGGUUACAUGAGUUUAAGUAUGAUUCAAAUAAUUUUGUUUGAAGAAAACCAAAAAGCUGUAGAAAAGUUUGUGACAGUAGUCACAGAAACCCAAGGUUAUUACAACAGCACACUCCAAUCUCUGCGUUUAUUACAACAGCACACUCCAAGGUUAGCUCUCUUUUCAGCCAUAAAAAUCGAAAAUAAUAUUAUUGACAAUGUUUUAUUUUAUUUUGUUGAAGAUGAAAAUUUAAAAGAUACACUUAUCAGUUACUUUACUUUUAUGAGCUUUGACUCAAUAUUUAUUUAAGCCCUCACUCACCCAAAUUAUACAGAUUACCUUUUAAAACAAAUUUGGGAUAUAAUAUUAGUAGCAAGAUUACUUACAUUAUACUAUUUUUCUUAUUUAACUCCACAAACUGAUUUUUUAGUAGUAAAAUUUACGAACUUUACUUUGGACUAGGAUAGCUAACAUGUACAAAAAUAUACACAUGAUAGGAUUGACAGAUAGAUUUGAGAAAAUUAACUUAAUUUAUUUUAAUAAUGGGGUGCUAAUAGAAAUAUUUUCUUGGGUGUAAAUAUUGGAAGCUGCCAAGGUUGAAUUUGCUAGUUAGUAGUUAUUAUGCUUUUCUCUUUCUCUUUUUGAUUUGAAACCGCGUCUUUGACUAUAAAUAGUGCAAAAAUAAAAAUAAAAAUUGGCUGAAUCAAUCAAAGCUCCAUUAAAGAUCAUAAAAGCAAGAUAGUACAACAUAAUGAUGAUAAUAAUAAUAAUAAUAAUUCAAGCUUCUCAAUCCAUAUAAUACCUAUAUUAUUUUAUUGGUUGUAAUAUAUUAAAACUACACAAUGAGUACUAAUUUGCAUAAAAUAUUUCUUAUUAGUUUCUUAUUUCUAUUGAUUCUGUUAUGUUCAACUUCUAGUGCUGCUGAUGAAACUACUCAAAGGAACAACAACAUCACAUUGGGUUCAAAACUCACUGCAAAACCAAAUCAAAAUGAGUCAUGGAUUUCUCCAAAUGAAGAUUUUGCAUUUGGUUUUCAACAAAUCCAAAAAGAUGGCUUCAUUCUUGCUAUAUGGUUCAACAAAAUACCCGAAAAAACCAUUGUUUGGUCAGCCAAUGGAGAUAAUCUUGUUCACCAAGGCUCAGUUGUUGAACUAACCAAACUUGGCUCAUUAGUUUUGAGAGACCCAACAAAUGGAACAGAUGUAAUAUGGUCUGCUGCUGUCUCUGGCCUUGGAGUUUCCUAUGCAGCCAUGCUUGACACCGGGAAUUUCGUGCUCGCCAACAACAAUCAUGCCAAUCUUUGGGAGAGUUUUAAUGAGCCAACAGACACAUUGUUACCUACCCAAGUUCUUAAUCAAGGUAAAAAAGUUUUUGCUAAGUACUCUGAGUCAAAUUACUCUAAAGGGAGAUACUAUUUCAUUGUUGAAAAGGGUAGUUUAGUGUUUUACACCACAAGACUUGUUAUGCCUGGUCAAGGUAAUAUUCGUUAUUGGCCAAAUAACCAAACCCCAACAGAAGAUGACAUACAAUUGCAGCUGGUGUUUAACCAAUCUGGCUCUAUUUACUUGCAAGAACAGAAUGGAACAACCAUCUUUGAUGAGUUGAUACCAAUGUCAUCUUCUAAUUCUAAUCAUUCAAAUGAUUUUCUCUACCAAAGGGCAAUUCUUGAAUAUGAUGGUGUUUUUAGUCAUUAUGUUUAUGGUGCUUCGAAUUCUGGUGGAUGGUCUCGAGUUUCGAAAUCCAUACCUGAAAACAUCUGCUUAACUUUUAAUGCUAAUAAAGGACCUGGUGUGUGUGGAUACAAUAGCUAUUGCAUACUAGAAGAUGAUUUUAGACCAAGUUGUCGUUGCCUUGAUGGUUACACUUUCAUUGAUUUGAAUGACAAGAUUAAAGGAUGUAUACCGACUUUCGAAGCUCAAAGUUGUCAUGAAGAUUUAGAAGAUUACAAGAACUUUAAUAUUGAUUUUGUUGAUUACUUGAAUUGGCCUGAGGGUGAUUAUGAAGUGUCUUCAUCUAUGUCUGAGGAUGAGUGUAGAAAUGCUUGUUUGCAUGAUUGUUUUUGUGUUCUUGCCAUUUAUGGAGGUGAAAAUUGUUGGAAGAAGAGAUUUCCUUUCUCAAAUGGUAUGAUGGAUUCUAGUGUCAAAGGAACUAAAACUCUUUACAAAGUAAGAAAAGCGAACUUAACUACUACUACUGGUGCUGCUUCAAAGCCAUGCAACAACAAAGAUUCGAAAACAAAUGACCAGAAAACACUGAUAGUCAUUGGAUCAGUGUUUGUAAGUAGCUCUGCUUUGCUUAAUAUCUUAUUGGUAAUAACCUCAUUGGUUUUCUAUUUUCGCCUUAGUCGCAAAACAUUGGUGACUAAACCGAACCAGCCCAUACCAGAAAUGAAUUUGAAGAAUUUCGGUUUUGCAGAACUAGAAAAAGCUACUAAUGGAUUCAAGGAACAGUUGGGAGUUGGUGCUUUUGGAGUUGUUUACAAAGGGGUUUUGGAAAUGGACAGCAAUAAUGAUUUGGUAAUUGCUGUGAAAAAGUUGGAUAACAAUCACAUGGUGAAAGAAGGUGAUCAAGAAUUCAAGGCAGAAGUCAUGUCUAUUGGUAGUACAAACCAUAAGAAUUUGGUAAAGCUAAUUGGGUUCUGCAACGAGGGACAACACCGGCUUCUUGUCUAUGAGUUCAUGAGCAAUGGAUCCUUAGCAAGCUUUCUUUUUGGACCCUCAAAGCCAAAAUGGCACGAAAGAAAGCAACUCGCUUUGGAAACUGCAAGAGGACUAUUUUACUUGCAUGAAGAAUGCAGCAACCAAAUCAUACACUGCGAUAUCAAGCCUCAAAACAUCCUCCUAGACGACUCAUUCACCGCGAGAAUUUCUGAUUUUGGAUUGGCCAAGAUUUUGAACACUGGUGAGACGCGAACCACAACUGGAAUAAGAGGAACCAAAGGAUAUGUUGCUCCCGAAUGGUUUAGAAACGUUGCUGUAUCGGUAAAGGUGGAUGUUUACAGCUAUGGCAUUAUGUUGUUGGAGCUGAUAUGUUGCAGGAAGAAUGUUGAAGCAAAUGUUGAGGAUGAUGCUCAGAUAAUAUUGGCUGAUUGGGCAUGUGAUUGCUAUGAAGCUGGGAAAGUUGAGUGUCUUGUUGAGAAUGAUGAUGAGGCCAUGAUGGAGAUGGAGAUUGUUGAGAAGUUUGUGAUGGUUGCUUUAUGGUGCAUUCAAGAGGAUCCUUCAUUAAGACCAACUAUGAAGAAUGUUAUGCUUAUGCUUGAAGGAAAUGUUAUGGUUUCAGCUCCUCCAUCUUCAAAUUCUUAUACCAUCAUCUGUACUAAAUAAUCACAAAUUAUUCAAAUAUUUAUAAAUGUUAGUUCUUAUUUUAUUUGAGUAGUUGUAAAAAGAGAGACCCAUUAUUGUAUAAUAUAUAAUAUCUAUAUAUUUUGCUGAAUAA